AUGGUAGAUGCUGAUGUGUUGAUGUCCAUGGGAGACAUAGUGAUGAUGAAGGAGGAGGAAGGGGACUCCAGUAAUAGUCACAAGACUCAGGUUAUCCUGCAUCUGCAGUCCAUCUCACAAGGGACAAAUGAAGACAUUGCAGAUUCAGGUACAGCUGUUUUGGCUGUAGAGACCAGUCAAGAGAACAGGAAGUCAGACGGCGAGGAGAUUGAGUAUGGAUAUCCUAUCACCUGUGGUGAGAGCAAAGCAGUGCUUCUGUUUAAGAAGUUUGUGUGUCCAGGGAUCAACGUCAAAUGCGUUAAGUUUAACGGUCAGCUCAUUAGCCCUAAGCAGUUUGUGCACCUGGCUGGUAAAGCCACGCUAAAAGACUGGAAAAGAGCCAUCAGACUGGGCGGGGUCAUGCUCAGGAAAAUGAUGGACUCGGGUCAGAUUGACUUUUAUCAGCAUGAUGUUGUGUGUACGAACUCCUGUCGCAGCACCAAGUUCGACCUGCUCAUCAACAACACGCGGUACCCCCCCAACGCGCUUCAGACACCCACCUCCCCCCUGCCAGGAAAUUUGGGCCAAGUAACUACAGUAGAAGAGAAGACAGAGGACAUGGUCAGUGUUGUCCUGGAUUCAUCUCCCGGUCAGUUUAUUCCCGCUGCCUUAGCAACUAAUGGAGAGAUCAGACGAGACUCCGAGGACGUAACCGAUGAGACUCUGAGUUUCUGGAAAGGCAUUGCGGAAAUGGGCUUGAUGGGAGAGGUUGUGUCCACCAUCCGCACUGAGCUGCUGGCCAUGCUGAGAGGAGUAGAGAGGCGUAGCGAUCAAGCCACCCUGCUCGAAGCAGAUGUGGCUGUUUUGAACAGCCUUACUCAGAUGUUCGGUCUGCUGGAUUCAGUGAGGCAUGUUUUAGAAUUACAACGCAGCAAGACUGAUGAGAAUCAGCAACAAAUCCUUAACACACUCAAUGUUUUAGAAAGCCAACUGGAUAGGCAGAAGAGACAGGGUCGUGAUUGGCGGCCAAACCCCCAGCCAGGUGCCUCUCUUCGGCCUAAAGAGGGCUCCUCCAAGCCCAGCCUGGGCAAACGGCCAAGGCUACAGCGGUCUUCCUCUACCAGCGUGCUGACCGCCACGCCGCCGCAGUUCACCGUUCUCUCCCCUAUCACUCUGGCCACGGUGGGUCAGCCCCUCACCGUAGCCGGCCUACCUGUGGCUACCUUGGCCCAGCUACCCAUUGGUUCCCAGUUACUCCCCCAAUACACCACCACCACCACCACCACAAACUCAGGCAGUAAGGGCAAGGCGGAAAACAUAGCUUUGCACCCGGGCUCAGGGCUUACCCUCCUCAACUCAAGCAUAGGCAUAGGGGCUGGGAGCUCCGUGGAAGUCCUUCACCUGAGCCAGGAGGCAGGAGAGGGAGUUCGGGACGGAGAGGAACAGGAGGACCGACCUGGGGAAGAGAAGUUUCUGGUGGUGCAGGUGGGGAUGGAGCCCAGCACGGCGAUGGCGGAGGAGCCGGCAGAGACGGAGCAGAAUGGCGAUGUGAUCUGCCUUGGUAUGAGGCAGCUGGUGGCACAGAUGUAUUAA